AUGCUAUACUCCGUGAGGCCUAGGGGCCUCGUUCUACACACAUCAAGGUUCAAUUACUUUUUUUCAUGCCGGUAUUAUUCCUCGGCGAAGCCCUGCGAUCCUCUUCGAAUACUUUUCUGCGGCUCCGAUGAGUUUAGCAUAGCAUCUUUGAACGCGCUCUACAAUGAACGUGUAGAAAGUCCAGACACAAUUGCAUCUAUUGAUGUUGUAUGCCGACCCGGCAAGCCUGUUGGCCGUGCUAUGAAAACAAUUCGCGAGGUGCCUAUCAAAGCCGCCGCAAACGAACUUUCCCUCCCAAUACACGAGUUAGAUACAUUUACCAGGUGGACGCCACCAAAACCACAGGGUGAACCUAUCAACCUAAUAAUAGCCGUCUCGUUUGGACUCUUUAUUCCUCCUAGGAUAUUGAAGGGAGCUAAAUAUGGCGGGCUCAAUGUUCAUCCUUCGCUCUUACCAGAUUUUAGAGGAGCCGCUCCUCUUCACCACACUUUACUGGCGGGGGACAAAACCACUGGGGUCACUUUGCAGACACUUGACUCCGCUAAAUUUGAUCAUGGUUUAAUCCUAGAUCAGACACCUGCGCCAGGAUUCCCAAUACCCGACCCUGAAUCUUGCGAUCUCCCGCGGCUGCUUAAGUUAGCGUCAACCAUGGGAGCAGAAAUGCUUAUAAAGGGAAUUAGGAAUCGUCUAUUUGUUCCUCCGUUAAACCCAUUAAUCAGGCAAACGACUUUGGAAGGAAGAGAACUAAGGCCUGCUAGUAAGAUCAAACCUGAGAACCGCCAUGUUGCUUGGAACUCCUGGAAUUGGGAUGCAAUUCGACGUCGCCAGAUUGUGCUGGGUGCUCUAUGGAGUACCGCCGCGACCUCGCCUACAAUACCGGGAGAAGAACAUUUUGUGCGGCGAAAAAGGAUCAUUUUCGGGAACAUGAAGUUAGUUGAUAGUACACGGCUAACUGAUGACAUACCUUUCACUAAACCUGGGGUUCCGUUCACCUUCAAAGAUCCGACAAAUAAGAGGGAUGAAGGGCGGCUAUUUGUGUUUACAAGUGAUGGUAAACUUCUUGAAAUAGAAGAAAUGAAAGUUGAAGGUGACAGGAUGGCUCCUGCAUACCGAGCUGCAUUAAAGGCUAAACUUGUUGACCCGGUAGCAGCAAGGAGUUCAAUGCACAGCGCAUUCCACGGCCCUCUUCUAUAA